GCUCGAGGUUGGCCGGGGGGUUGUGGCCGAACGUGGGCGGGGUUCUCAUUGCCACCGCUUUUAAAAGGUGCGCCCUCACCGACCCUCGGCACCACUCGCUGCAUCCAGACUUCCUGAUUCAGUCGUGUCUACCCAGCGAAGAGCCGCAGAACAAUCAUGAAGGCAUUUAUGGUCUUAGCCCUGCUCGCCACUUUCGCCGCUGUGAGCACUGCUCACCACUUGGAGCUUUGCAAGAAACAAGACGAACAGUUGAAAACUGAACUCCAGUGCAUCGGGCUCCACAUUUCAGCAGAGGCAAACCAAAGCUUCGACAAAGCGUUGAAGACCCUUGGCUGCCGGGAUAGGAGCUGCGUCAUCCGGAAGCUCUGCGCAGGAAACGACCUGGAAAGCGCCAUGGCCGCUCACUUCACGAAGGCUCAAAUCACGGAGAUUCACAACGCUGCUACUACCUGCGAUCCAGAGGCCGGGCAUGGCCACCACCAUCACUGAAAGCGGUUCGCACGGUGUCUUCUGCGUGCUGACAGUUCCUAUAGCUCUCGGAGUCACACCGUGGAGGGGCUCGACAGAGAUUUGUCUUAAUGAGCAUAACUAUUUAACACAACAAGAAAAAUAAAUACAUGUCGCCUUGAAA